AUGGAGAACAAGAUGGGUAGGCCAAAUAUUCCUCUCUUGUUCAUUCUCACUAUCGCUUGCAUGUUCAGUUUCACUCUAGCCACCGCUCACGAACCAGAAAGUUCAUGGGAAAGUAAUGCUGACAUUGACCAGAGCAAUUUAGAUACAUAUAUCGUCCAUCUGAAUCAGCCCAAUCGUCGAGUUUUCACUCAUUCAGAAGAUCUAGAAAGCUGGUACCAAUCAUUUUUGCCGCCAACCACCACGAGCAUGAAUAAGCAAUCACGCAUGGUGUAUUCAUAUCGCAAUGUGAUCAGCGGGUUUGCAGCCAGAUUGUCACCGCAGGAAGCAAAAGCCUUGGAAAAGAAGGAUGGGUUUGUAUCAGCUCGGCCCCAAAAGGUGUUGCCUUUACAUACAACUCAUAGUCCAAGCUUCUUGGGUUUGCACCAAAAUUUAGGGUUUUGGCAAGGCUCAAAUUAUGGAAAAGGUGUGAUUAUUGGCGUUUUGGACACUGGAAUUACUCCAUCCCAUCCUUCCUUCAGCGACGAAGGAGUACCGCCUCCACCGGCUAAAUGGAAGGGGAAAUGUGAACUAAAUGGCACGAUGUGUAACAACAAACUCAUCGGUGCAAGGAACUUUGUGAGUGGCUCGACAGAACCACCAAUUGAUGACGAAGGACACGGCACCCAUACAUCGAGCACUGCUGCCGGAAACUAUGUUGAAGGGGCGAAUGUUUUUUGCCAUGCCAAUGGCACAGCGGCUGGCAUGGCUCCUCUGGCUCACUUGGCUAUUUACAAAGUAUGUGGUGAGACAGGUUGUGGCGAAAGUGACAUAUUGGCCGCAAUGGACACUGCAGUUGAGGAUGGCGUUGAUGUGCUCUCUCUCUCCAUUGGUGGAUGGUCCUCUCCUUUCUUUGAUGAUGGCAUUGCGAUUGGGGCAUUUGGUGCAAUUCAAAAGGGAAUUUUUGUUAGUUGUUCAGCUGGAAACUCUGGCCCAGUCAAUGCUUCGUUAUCUAACGAGGCCCCAUGGAUUCUUACUGUUGGUGCAAGCACCAUCGAUCGAAGCAUAAGAGCAAUGGCAGUGCUCGGAAACCUUGUUUUGUUUGAUGGCGAGUCUCUUUUUCAGCCUCCUAUGUCGUUCGAUUUAUUGCCUCUUGUUUACGCUGGCACGAAUGGGGAUCAAAAUGCUGCAUUGUGCCGGCCAGGAUCAUUGAAUAACACUGAUGUCGAAGGCAAGGUUGUAUUGUGUGAAAGAGGGGGUGGGAUAGCUAGAAUUGCCAAAGGGCAAACAGUGAAGGACGCGGGUGGUGUCGCCAUGAUUCUUAUGAAUCAAGAACAGGAUGGUUAUAGUACAUUAGCUGAUGCUCAUGUUCUUCCUGCAACACAUGUAGGCUACAAAGCUGGACAAGAUAUCAAAGCCUAUAUAAACUCGACCUCGUCACCUAUGGCUACAAUCAUAUUCCAAGGAACUGUAAUUGGAGUAGAUUAUGCUCCUUGGUUACCUCAUUCUCUUCCAGAGGCCCUAGCUUGGCAAGCCCAGGCAUUCUGA